GACUGUAUGCGUUCGCGGUCUGUCGGUUUGCACGGCUCUUCGUGGCUAUCGAGGCAUCUAUCCCUCGACUCGGUAUCUGCUUAAGCAGACGUACACUUGUAUGCACGCGUUUGUCGCUGCUGCCCAACACCGCGCAGCGCAGAAGCGCAGCAGCUUUGCUUCUCGAAACAAGCCGGAAGGGCUUCCAUUCCGCACUCCCCAGCACGCACAGUACAGCCUCGCGUCGCACUCAUGGCGCGCCCCGCACCGCAUUCUGCAAUCCCUGCCCCGGCUGGCGCAGCAUUCCAGGCCCGGCCGCGCCGCCGUCAACGCCUCCAGCACCGCGACCGGCAGCAGCAGCAUCAAGCUGUUCAAAUCCCGUCGAUUGCCAUCCAGCCGCCUAGUCCGCCUCUUCCUUCAGUCCCCGCUUUGCGCAGAAGUAACAGCUUGAGGGUUCGGGUUAGGCGCAUUUUCUCGUCUUCAGUUGCGGGAGAGCAGCAGCAGCAACAACAGCCACAGCUGCGGCGGCGACAACAGCACCAGGAAGAGGAUAACGGGUUCUUGCAACCUGGCUACGCCCACCACCAAGAAGCCAGACGGGGCCGUCGUCUUAAUCGGAGAAGGUGGUCUACCUCGUCGUCGACGUCAGGUGAGGAGCUCGCGCCGUACGUGCAUCCGACGCAUGGGAGGCCGGGGACGAGUAUCAGGCAUACGGGCGACUUCAUCACGGUGCAGAACCCAAAUCCACAUACUGGGGAAAUGAGCCCGAGCGUGUUGAGUUUUAGUGGGGAGCAUGAGCAGGAGAGAGGGGAUGAGGUGGAAAUGGACGUGGGUAGGAUGGCAGUGGAGACUGGCUUGAGUGAGGAGCGAAAGCAAGAGCAAGGACAUGAACGAAGGGCUUUGUCGAGAGAGAAGGGGAGAGAGAGGAGAAAAGGCGGCGCCUGGGUGAGCCAGCUCUUUCCUCCAGCGCCGCCGCGCUCGCAAUCCCACUCCCACUUGCGCGCCCACCAAUCGUUCAACCGGCAUGGUCACCAUCAACCUCAUCACCAGACAACUCAACACCAGCCUCAACAUGAACCUCCACAUCAAAACAACCACCAACAACAACAACAGCACCACCACUAUCGAAAACCAAAAACUCCACCGCCACCGCCACUGCCGCCACCACCUCCCCCUAAAUCCCCCACUCCGCCUCCCUCUCACCCAUCACAAACACCCCGCUCGCGCGCCGCGCUCGACCUCCCGCCUACGCAUUUUGCGGCUUUCGACCCCGACAUGCUGCGCAGCAUGACAGCGGACGCGCUGGCGGGAGCAACGCCGCCAACGCCGCCAUCGCCAUCGACGGGGUCGCGUUCGACGCAGGUGCAAAUACAUCAGCACCACCAACAGCGGGAGUGGGAGCGAGACGGCCAAGAACGGCAGGAGCAAGGGCAAUGGCAACGCCCCCUUACACGUCCAACGAUGCAUCGACUGAAGACGAGCACUGGCUCCGAUGCUAUCGCGACGUGGACGACGGUGCAGAACAGGCAGGUGUUUGAGCUGCCGGCUGAGCUGCCUGCGUCGCUAGGCGAGGAGGGCGCGCUGCUGCGGCAGGCGUCCUGUCCCUACCCCCGCACGAGCAGACUUUGUCCGCAAGAGGGACCGCUCCUCGCUGCGCGCGACACCGGCACGCCGUUGCCUUAUCCGCUUGGAAACGGGGUUGAGGUUGCGGUUGGGGCUGCGCGCCCUGCUCCUACAGCCUCCGCUUCUACUGCCAUCCCCGCCGCCGCCGCCGCCACCGCCCCCGCUGCUGCUGCUGCUGCUGCUGCUGCUGCUACCACUGCAGGCGCUAGCUACACAAGCUACAGGGACGUCGCCGGCUCUGCGCCCGUCGAGCCUCCGUCUCUGCCGCCGCAUAGACAGCCUGUCGCGGGUCUUGGAAUCAGGCUCAAUCCCACGCCGUCGCCUGGCGUGGACGCAGGUGCAACACCACCAGCACCAGCAGCAGCGCCAGUAGCAACAGCAGCGCCCCCUCCUCCGAUCCCGCCCCGUCUGCGCCCACCAAAUGCGCCGGCCGCGCAGCAUCCGCGCCCUCAGCACUACCAGGCCACGCCUACCCCGCCCGCGCCUUCAUGCACACAGCACGCGUCGCCGCGCGAGCGAACCCGCCUCUACGGCACCGGCGUCCAGCGCCUCGUCGUUGUGUCGGGCGCGGAGGCUAGGCGAGAGGUUCGUCUUCAGGCUCGAGAAAUUGGGGAUGUGGCGACUUCUGCUCAGCUGCAUCAACCUACCCAACCUACCCAAACCACGAACCCACCCCAGCCCGCCCGCGCACCUCCACCUCCGCCCCCACCCCUGCCUCCGCAGCCAGAGCCACGGCUAGAACAGCAACAGCAGGUAAACGCACCACCACCACCACCACCACCACCACCACCACCACCAACAACAACAACAACAAGCAAGAAACGGCGCCGGCUGUCGUGCCUCUUCCCUGCUCGGCAGCGCUCACGGCACUGCUCCACCACAACAGCCUCAACCAACAAUCCCUCAGCACAAACCACCACAGUCCCAACCCCCGCCACGUCCACAACCACAGCAGCGCCAGCUCCACCACGCCAAAGCGCACGCCACACCCAAGCACGCACCCCACACCCAAACGCAAAACACACACACACACCACCACCCCUCCCCACGCCCCUCGCCCUCGCAAAGUUCCUCCUCCUGCUCUGGUGCGCGCUGAACGCGUUCCGCGUCGUCGGCGCCGUGGGCGAGGCGCUCUGGGCCACGGGGUGGCCGGUGCGCGUGCUUUUCCGGGGCUUGGGGGUUGCGGGAGGCUGGGUCAGGGGCGGGGGGUGGUAGGUGGGAUGGUGGUAGGGCGUGCGUGGAGAGAGGGUGGUAGAUGGGGUGUGUGCGUGGGGGUGCGGGUGGUAGGUGGGGUGCGAAGGGGGGGUUGAGAGGAGAGAGGUUGCGCAUAAGCAGCGAAACUUAAGGUAGUCAUUAUCAACUGCGUUGCGUG